AUGAAUCGAUCGAGGCUAAUUCUUUCGGCCAUCAAGCUCUCCAGAAUUGCCUGCUCUACUAGACUUCACCCUGCUCCGCGGGUGCCCCUGCCCUCUCAGGUAACCAGUUUCUCUCAAAUUUCUCAGUCCGAGUCUCACUUUUUCCACGCCCAUCAAAGGCGCUGCUUCUCCUCCUCGGCGAACUCUGUGGUAGAACUACUGUUAGGAAAUCAUUGGUCUACGGAGUUGACGAACCAGUUGGAGAAUGCCCACUUCCCGAUUACCCAUGAGACGAUUGUUUAUAUCGUGAAGAAACUGGACCAAGCGCCAGACAAGGCAUGGGGUUUUUACAAUUGGGUCACAACGAGAGAUGGGUUUGUACCAAGCUCCUCGCUAUAUAACUUGCUGCUUAGAAUAUUUGCUAAGAAGGAUUCCAUGAAGAAGUUUUGGAUCACUCUAAGGAAAAUGGAGGAGCAGGGAUUUUGUUUGGAUGAGGAGACGUAUGGUACGCUUUUGGGGGUGUUUAAGAAGGAUCAAAUGCAGAGUGAUGCUGUGGCGUUGAAACAAUUUUAUGACAGGAUGAUUCGAGAAAAUGCGACGGAUGGUGUGGCGAAGAAGGUGGCUGGCGCUAUUGUGGAAGCAGAGUGGGGUGAUGAGGUUAAGAAAAGGUUGGAGGAUAUGAAGAUUGUGCUAUCCGAUAAUUUCGUGGUAAGAGUGUUGAGGGAGCUCAAGGAUCAUCCUUCCAAAGCUUUGAGCUUUUUCCGUUGGGUUGCUACGUGCGAGGGUUAUAAACACAACACCGUCACUUACAAUGCAAUGGCAAGGGUUCUUGGCAAGGAAGAUACAAUGGGGGAAUUCUGGAUCAUUGUUGAGGAGAUGAAGAGUGCUGGUUAUUAUAUUGAUAUUGAUAGCUAUAUGAAGAUCUCGGGGCGUUUCCGUAAGUACGAAAUGUAUGAGGAGUCAGUAACCCUUUAUGAGUUCAUGAUGGAUAGUCCGUUUAAACCCUCUACGCAAGACUGUAGUUUCCUACUUAGCAACAUGUCUGCAAGCCGUAAGCUGGAUCUGAGUUUAGUUUUCAGAGUUGCGAAGAAGUAUGCGGCGAGUGGGAAUGUUCUCUCGAGAGCUAUUUAUAAUGGGCUAUAUAGGUCGCUUGUGAAUGCAGGAAGCUUCGCAAAAGCAGACCAGAUUGUGAAUGCUAUGAGAUCUGCAGGACAUGAGCCAGAUAAUAUCACCUACAGCAACUUGGUUUUUGGUCUUUGCAAAGCAGGAAGAUUUGAAGAAGCUUCUAAAGUCUUGGAUGAUAUGGAAGCAAAUGGAUGUCCGCCGGAUAUCAAGACCUGGACCAUUUUAAUUCAAGGCCACUGUAAUGCUGGGCAGCUUGAAGAGGCACUAAUGUGCUUUGGUACAAUGAUGAGAAAAGAUGGUAGUGCUGAUGCUGAAUUGGUGGAGGUUUUGGUGAAGGGCUUUGUUGAUCAAAAGAGGAUAGAUUGUGGAUACACAUUCCUUGUCGAGAUGAUCAAUAAUGCUCAUGUGAGACCUCGGCAAGCUACAUAUAAACUUCUUAUAGAAAGCCUCUUAGGAGCAAGCAAACUUGAAGAGUCCAUGAAUCUCCUUCGUUUGAUGAGACAGCACAACUACCCUCCAUAUCCCGGGCCUUUUGUUCAAUACAUAUCCAAGCAUGGGACAGUGCAAGCUGCUGCAGAUCUCCUUCAGUCAUUGAGUAGUAAACAGUAUCCAUCACUGGAAGCUUAUAAGUAUGUUCUUGAAUCUUUCUUCAAGGAGGGCAGACAUUCUGAGGCACAGGAUCUGCUUUACAAAUGUCCUUAUCAUGUCCGCGAGCAUUAUCGAACUGGUAAGCUGUUUGGCUCGGCAAAGAAGGGUGAAACCGCAACCUUAGCCAAUGUAAACUGUCACAGUGUCACGUAA